CCCGCGCCCGCAGCCAUGGCGACCGCCGUGCUGCUGCCGCUGCUGCCGCUGCUACUGCUGCUGCCGCCCACCGCCACCGCGCCGCCCGCCCACGACCCCUUUGCCCCUCAGCUCGGGGACACUCAGAGCUGCCAGCUGCGGUGCCGCGACCGCGACCUCGGCCCGCGGCCCUCGCAGGCGGGGCCCCCUGGCCCCUCUGAGUCGCCCUAUGACAGAGCAGUCCUGGUCAGCGCCUGCGAGCGGGGCUGCCGCCUCUUUUCUAUCUGCCGCUUUGUGGCCCGGAGCUCCAAGCCUAACGCCACCCAGGCCGAGUGUGAAGCAGCCUGUGUGGAGGCUUAUGUGAAGGAACCAGAGCAGCAGGCCUGCAGCGAGGGGUGCUGGAGCCAGACCCUGGAGCUGGAGCUGGACCCCGAAUCAGAGCUGGAGCAGAAGAGAAAGGUCCUGGAAACUCCAAGUGGAGCCCUCUCACUCUUGGAGCUGUUCUCCACCCUCUGCAAUGAUUUUGUCAACUCAGCCCAGGGCUUUGUGUCCUCCACAUGGACAUACUACCUGCAGACGGACAACGGGAAGGUGGUGGUGUUCCAGACGCAGCCUGUGGUGGAGAGUCCCGGGCCCGAGGGGUUGCAUUUGCAGCGAGUGGAGGUGACCUGGCGAGGAUCCCACCCUGAGGCCCUGGAGGUGCAUGUGGACCCUGUGGGCCCCUUGGACAAGGUGAGGAAAACCAAGAUUCGAGUUAAGACCAGCAGCAAGGCCAAGGUGGAGACUGAAGAGCUCCAGGACAAUGACUUCCUCAGCUGCAUGUCCCGGCGUUCGGGGCUGCCUCGAUGGAUCCUGGCCUGCUGCCUUUUCCUCUCUGUGCUGGUGAUGCUGUGGUUGAGCUGCUCUACCCUGGUCACCGCGCCUGGCCAGCACCUCAAGUUUCAGCCCCUGACCCUGGAGCAGCACAAGGGUUUCAUGGUGGAGUCAGACUGGCCCCUGUACCCGCCCCCAUCACAACCUUGGGAGGACAGCCCUCCACCUUACCAGCUGAAGCUGGAUCUCACCCAGCUUUAGGCCCUGUCCCUGAGACUGGCUGACCGUAGGGGCUCCCUGGGGUAGGAUCGGGGCGGGGGGCUCCUUGGGCAAGGCUUGUUUGGAACCAGAAUCCGAGGUAGGAGGUGGGGCCCUCCUUGGUCUCUUCCACCCCAAAUCCUUCUCUCCCAGUCCUGCCUUUCCCUCCAGGCCCUGAGGGAUGGGACACCCCUGGUUUGAGGAGCAGGAUUCAACCUUGGCUCCUCAUGCCCUCCCUUUGCCCUCCUCCCCCCUGCUACUUUUCGUCUUCUAUCCCCUGAGUAUUUGAACCCAGUCCUGUGUCACCUCCUUCCUUCUCUCUCCCCUCUCAGGGGGGCUGAGGCUUCAGGAAGUUGCCUCCAGCUGGGGGCUUCCUCCUGUUUUCCUGCCUGGCCUCUUAGGACCCCAGCCCACAUCAGAGGGGGCGGCUGGGGCUGCUGCAUGGGAUCAGGGGAGGAAUAAACAGUGUAUAUAAAUGCUGUCUGGAAA